AUGGGAGGCUGGAACACUGGCGUGAACGAUCAGGGCUUUCUGGAUCAUUAUAAUUUGAUGGAAGAGUAUUCUACAGACUACUAUUCAGGGCCAACCAGCAAUCUACAGACAACACUGCAGGUGUACGACGUAAGAGACAUCAGCUGGUCUACAGCGCCAACUGAGACACCUGGUGCCUACUACUUCAGUGCCCUCGCAAAUGGUGACAGUGACUGGAGUGUUUCGAAUCCAAGCCAUGAGAGCAUUCAAAGCGAAACUUCCAGGCUCUGGAAUCCACUGCCCUUGUCUGCGACCGACGCAGCGACAUCAUCUGCCUCUCAAAACUCCUUCGAACCUAUCGCAGCGGACACACGAACUGCAGCUGAACGACACAAAGCGCGAAGCAGACCUUCGAUGCCGCACGGUCUUCCCGAACCGACAAUGUCAUCGUUGCAACGCCAGUUCACAGGGACAACAGCGACAUCCGUUGAAUCGCUCAAUGACCCCAACCCGUCGCAGGAUGGUCUGGUUCCUCGACGUCAAGAUCCAAGAUUCGCUGGAGACGAGUACACUGCGAAAUGGGUUCGGGGCGAUCGCCUCGAUAGAGCCGGCUGGUGCUCAAGAUGUAGCACCUGGCACAAACUCAAGGACUCUGCCUAUUGGUAUCACAUGCACUAUUCCCACGGCAUCUCUUGCUUGACGGGCAAGUCAUUCGACCUGCCAGCAGCCUGGCGCUCCGCCCAAGGCUCCGUCGGGUACGAAGCCCUCUGUGGAGGAUGUAAGCAAUGGGUUGUCGUUGGCCGAGCGGAACGCUGGCGGACUCCAUACUUCCGCCAUGCAUACAAGUGCCAGCAGGUGAAGAACAAUCCAAAUCUUCAACGGGUACCCAGUCGUCCAAAGACCGGCUUACCACGCAAGUCAGCUACAAAGCCGUCGAAGGCUGCCUAA